AUGUUUGCGGAAGGAGGAACAGGCGACGUUCUCCAACGCCAGCGACCCUCCUUCUUGAUGCCCUGUCUUUGCAUCCUGAUGGUCUUGAAUGCCCCGCUCUCAGCGCCCAAGCCCAAGACCUGUAUGGUCUCGUUCGCGUGCUUCAUCUUGGCUGCAUCCUGGGCACGGCACGAGCCUUCACGCAAUGGCAAUGCCACGAUAAUGCAGACUAUUUGGACCCGCGUCGCUCAGGUGCGAGGGUCCUGCCGCUGCCCACAAUGUCGUCACGCAGCCCAGCGAGUAUCCAGAAGCGCCGGCACCGCGAACGCCAAUGCUAUCAGGCCUCAAUACUGGACAUCGUCCACGCUUUGGUAUUCGGGAAUAUUCGCAGCCGCAGCGACAUUCGAUGCAAGUGUGAAGCAGAGGAGGCGAGAGCAGUGGGACCAGGCUAUAGCGGACGUGAAGCAAGAGCUGGGCCAAGCGAUGCAUGUGGAUCAGAAGUUGGCCGCAAGACACUCUGCACACUCGGCAUCCCCUGAUGCGCUACGUGAAGGCCAGCAUUUGGAGGUAGAUGGGCUGGGAGAAGUCCCAGGAGAAGGCUGUCGCGUGGGAAAAUAUGCAAUGACUUCAAGGACUGAUGAGACUUUGGACGAUGCUGUUAAUCCGCGAGCCCCCGUCGAGGAGAACCUGGCCACAUCCACAUCUGCAUUCACUCCUCUCGAUGCGGAAACGCAGUGGAAGGAGGAGAUAAUGCAGCACGCGGAUAGCAGUAUUGGACGUCGGAAGCGAGCAACAUGGCCUGCCAACACUGGUCACGAUCUCAAUGUCUUCCAUCUGCCGGCUCAGUCGAUAUAUGCCGAGGAUCCGCGCAAGAGAGAAGCAGAUGCAUCGCGAUGGUCGGAGAAGAAACUUAAAACCGUUGAAAUGGUGACCGAGCUUUUACUCAUGACAUUCUUCGCCUGGCUUCGACAUCGUGAGGCGCAAGGCCUAAGUUGUGAAGAUGCCGCACGUGCUGUCCCACCCGAAUUCGCAGGCAAAAUUCGACACUACGCCAAGCUGAGAAUGCAUGAGUUCUAUGGUGCAGUGAAGCUAAAAGCGGCCGACGUGCAACGUCUGGUAGACAUGGAUCCUCGUGAGAGCAUCGACUUCCAGCGCAACGCCAAGGAUGAGCAAUUGUGCAAAUACAUGCAAGACGACCUUGGUCACCAUCGAUCCAUGCAGAACGACAUGAACACGGCUAUGCGAGAGCUAUUCGACCAAGCUGACAGCAAAGCUCUUGAAGCUCCACAAUAUCUGGCCAAAGUUUUCUAUAACCUCUCGGUGUCAACAGCGCCACCGAAUAUGGACACGUACAACACAUUGAUCACUCGCCUGCACCACCUGGGUCAUACUCUGCUAACCAGAGCGACCAUAAUAUCAUUCCUCAGAGCCCAUCUGAGGCCUAACGAAGUCAGCCUGGCCGCCAUCUUGAACUUUCGCACCGACACAGACGACGAAGAGGGAUUCCGCUACAUCGUGGAGCGGAUGAGUGGUGCCGGUAAGAGAGGAGAGUUCUUGAUGGAGGCAGGUCCUUGGACAAAAAGGCCGGCGGGCAGUUGGUAUCACGGCAAUCGUAUCUUCGCUCGGGACGAUGGGCGAAUGGUGCAGAAAGCAUACGCCACCCCUAUGGUCUUCAACGCGUUGGUGAGGGGUGUACUGCGAUUCAACGGUUUUGAAGAAGUCCUUCGCGUGACUCGAGCAUGGGCUAAAGAAGGCUGGGGCCUUGAUGUUGACGGUUUCUCUAUACUCCUCAAAGACUGCGUGGACCGCGGCGACUGGACAGCAGGCUUAGCCGUCUGGCGCCAGAUUGAAUAUCUUCAGAAGAAACGCAGAACUCGACAGAGUGAAUACCUUCAGAAGAAACAUAUACUUCGGCCAGCAAAAAUCAGCCUUUGGACUUUGGCCGACAUGUUACAGCUCUGUAUCCAAGCAGGCGAUCGAGAAGAAUUUGAUCACGUUAUGGAUAUUGCACUCAAAACACAUGCACCUGAGGUGCGCUCGGGCAUACUGACGAAUCUGGUCAAGAAGAAGCAGGGCGAAUAUGCUUCCAAGCGGUUAGCGGAACGAAACGGUAAAGAGCAAGAUUCUUCGUCGGCGGAGAGUGAGCGACUCCCUACCAGUAGGCUUUUCAAUGUCUUCGAACAAUUUUCCAAGUUGGAGUACGCAGGGAGAAAACAUCGAGCUUUGAAGGCUACUCCCUCGCAUCUCGACAGAGACGAGCUUCGAGAGACUGGAUUCCAGCAGGCUUGCCAAAGCCAGCAACAUCUGUCGGAUCAUCUCAAACCACCGAAAUCCGAUGUGCUUCGCAAAGCGCAAGAUCGAACAUCUUCCAUCAGCACGAUGAGUGCACCUGUCUUGCCAAAAGAUUAUCGUGACGGCCAUCUAGGAGAGGCGGAAACAUUGGAUGAGUAGGAACUUCACGAGAGGCCUAUGAGCCAGUUGAAUCGAUGAAGCGCGCAGCAUGUGAUGGCGCUCUGGUAUUGGGUCUGUUGGCAUAUUAAAGGCGUCUACAAUGGUGAUCCAGUGUUGAUGCUGCGGGACCAGGCAUGUACAGAUGAUGAUAUAGAGCAUAGAUGCGAGAUACCCAUGAUGAGCUUGAUGCACGACAGUUGUGUUCUU